AUGAGUCAGCAUCGCAACGCGUACACGCUGGAUCACUUACACGAGCUCAACGACUAUGUUCAACUUGUACAAAUUUUGAGGAAUCGUCUUGAUGAUAGCCAAGUUGAUAUCAGCUUCGAAGUAUUGUAUCAGCUUAUCGAUCGCUUGGUCGUACGUGAUACAAGGCAUGCAAGCGACAAUGUCUUGCGUGGUCUCCUUGAUAUCGCCAAUGAAUCGAUUAUCAGGCCAAAUCAAGAUGUAAUGACGAGUCUUUCAGCAUUACCAGCCACGUACAACAACACACCCUUUCCUCAGAAUACCACAGUUUACUAUGUACGAUCAUUACCUUUGACAAUUGAGCAGCUACACCAGAUUAUGGAGCGUUAUCAUCAUCAUUAUGCAGACAACUUGUUUUAUGAAUCUAUGCAUGCAUUUAUCCAAGCACACGUCGACCAGCCUGGUACUCAAGUGUGGAUUCGAUAUGUUGGAGCAACAUCGAAUACGACACCAGCAACACGGCUACAGGACGACUUGGAUGCUGCACGUGUCGUGGGUCGGCGACGCUUUAACAACUUUUAUCGUACCAUGACCGAUAUGGAUAUUCAUUCUCAAUUUCAAGUUCAUGAGAUUUUCCCAUUACGAGUUCAAGGUCUAUUUGGCCAACGAGGCCCCAAUCAAGAGGUGUUGGACGCCACCGAGCGAUUCUUGAUACAUCUGCUUGACCGCAAUUUCUUACUCAACAGCCAACCUGGUGGCUAUUUCAUAUCAUAUCAACCGUUGGCUCAGGAUCAACAAUUCAUCCAUACAAUCAAUGCUGCUUAUGCCUAUGAUCAUUGUACUGUUCUGCGUCAAGUGCAGGUGGCGCGUCGGGAAUUCAAUCAAGAUGUUGUAGCCGCUUUCGAUCAGUAUACAGCACAACUUACACAGCAUGACGAAGCUCUUGCAAAUUCCAUAACGCAACAAUAUCUACAAUCAGUAUAUCAGCAAACCACUCCACAUGCAGCACAACAAUUCCAGCACGAUCGCACCGGCAUUAUUUUUACCCCGCUGAUCCUCUUUGGGAAAGACGUGACCAGACACGAUUUUUCGACUGCUUCAGGCUUCUACGACUCCAGAUCAGGAACUGUGACCAGAGACUUUAUUGAUUCCAUUCUAUCGGCUACAUUACAUGGAGAGGGAGUAGAAGGUGGUGAUGAAGAACGACAACUUUUGCAGCCUGCAAUGAUCAAUCUAUGGCCUAUACCACGACACCGUUUUUUGUGGGAGUUACACAUCAACCAUGCAGCAACAUUGCUUGAUAUUUUGAGACCACUUGUCUUAGUCACGUUCAGUUUCGAGGUAGCAAGGGUAGCUCGCUCGAAUUUUCAUGGAAGACACUCUUUGUCAAGGGAAGGUUACAGACAGCUGGCAGGAGAGGCACGCAUAUGCAACUAUGACAUGACUUUCAACUACGACACCGAACCCGAGAAUGCUGAACCUGCACAACAUUGGUGCGUUGUCGUUUACCAUAACGAUCCAGGGAAUGCAAACUAUGGUAGCGUUAAUCCAAUAAUCACAAGAUUCAUGCAUUUAUGCUGGGUGCGAACCAUCAUCUUGCUCAACACAUGCCUUGAUUUCUUGCAAAAUCCAAACCUUGUUACUGCUGCACCGGGAAGCCGAAUGUUUUCUGAACAAUUGCUUCAAGCAUCCCAGGAUCGUGAACCAGCGGAGUUGACAGCAUCAUUGGAACAAGCACGUGAUGCAUUGAAUGAAUAUCGAACUAAUGACGCUCGAGAUAAACAUAUGGCAUUUGCGAUACGUAACGAAGGGGUGGUGGAUUUCAGAAACCGUGGCGACAUUGGUGAAAUAAGCCAAGCGACAUUGCGUAGCCGUAUUGACAUGUGGGGUGUGUCAGCUGCUCGUGGUAGCCAAGAGCGUAUACAACAAUAUGCAGCACUUAUUCGACAUGAUUACCCGGACUUGUAUUCCAGCCCAUCUUUUACACACAAUCGAGCUGCAUUCCGUAAUUGGUUUAUCUACGUCAUGAACGACAAUAUCAAUAUAUUACAAUCCUUUUUGAGACGUGUACAGGAAGAAACGACACCCACUUCCGAAGGCCUACCGCCUGGAUUAGUACGGUACCUGUUGCAAGUCUGUCAACGUCCUCCCGAAUGGCCACUGGGUGAUGAUACGUGGAUAAAUGUGAAAGAGCUGAGAGAUAUCGCCAUGGAAGGGGCACGACAAAGAUUUGUUGAUAGAAAUGGAGCACCGACCGGAAGACGGCAGGAUCCUGCAGCAGCACGGGACCUUCGCAAUCGUUAUCUGCAAUCCAUCGGCAACGUGCCUUAUCAUCUAUUCAAUAUGUGUGAACUGCAUGUAGGGAGCCGAAAAGCAAGGUUCCGUGUCAUCGUUGAUGGACAAGAGCGUUAUGAGACAAAUGGUAUUUACGUUGGCCAAGCCAUCCAAAAUGUUGGUCCCACUGUAUACAUCGACUACGAUCCCCAAGUCACACGUCAUGGAUUGGUGUUCAAGGAUGAACAUGGAGACUUGCUACCUACACGUCAAAAUCCCACUAUAAUAUAUGAUCAUAGCCUAGUGUGGCAUUCCAAGGACUCUUAUUUUCGUACGUUCAUUAAUACUUUGCAUCACCACAAUAUCCAGCCAAGACAGCAAGUAUUGGAGGAAGCAGAUUUCAAUGAAGGAUUUACUUUGGAACGUGUACUCAAGCCGUAUUGGAUGGAUGUUUGCAGAACAAACCACCAUGAUGUAUACUUGCAUGCGGCUGAUUCUUUUGACAACGCAGCGGAUUUUGAGACGGAGAUUCUGGAUUACAUUGACAACCAUGGUCGUGGUAUUGAUUUCCUUGUUUGGCAUGAACUUCUUUCAAAUCGGAGACAUGGCAUGGUGACAAUAAGCUGCGCUUGGCGCGAUAUGUUGCGAAAGUAUGGCCUUGAGAUUGAACAGUUGCAAGAUGAUAGAGGUGUAAAGCAGUGGAGAUUACCAAGAUAUCCUGGUGAAGGAGGAGGGAUGCAAGAAGAAGUAGCGGGUCGUGGCGGUGGUCGUCAAUUACGUGCUAGGGAUUAUAGUAGGAGCUCACGUAGAUAUAGUCAACCACCUGGAACUCGACCACGAGGUAGCAGACGAGGAACCGAAGAUUGA